AUGGGAACUAAAAUGCGAUGUGCAACUCCAUCACGUAAUCAUUGCCGAGCUAAGAGAUCGACUGAAGAUAAAGAUGCGGUUGAAGUCGUUUGCCGUCUCACCCCAUACUACGGCCCUACUCCUUGUCUGAUAGUAGCUGAAGAGAAUGUAAUUAGAGUUGUUCCACCUCCUGGCAUGUUGAAGAGGGACGGAUCCCCUUAUGGACAGAAAGACUUUGAAUUCGGAUAUGUAUUCGACGAAAAUGAUCGCCAACAAGUUGUUUUUGAAAGGUGCGCGGUAGAUCUUGUAGGAGAUCUGCUUGCUGGAAAGAAUGGGCUUUUGUUCACCUAUGGAUUUUUGUUUUUUCUUGUCACAUAUCUCAAGCGUGGAGUAUUACUGCUUCGAAAACUUCAGACUAUUGUCUUCUUAUCAGCUUUUUUAGGUCACCGGUAG